CGCCGACCCAAAAUGGUUGCGCCGCCGCCGCCGAUCAAUUCGCAUCGGCUUGUAUCUCUGCAUACAAUUCUUUGAAAGUUGAUAAAUAUUAUUUAAUGUUAAUAAUACUGCAAUAAAUAAGACAAAUUUCGAUCUUGUCAUCCGAGUCCUCAAAUUCCAUUAUUUGGCACUGGAUGAUUAAUACUACAUACGCAAAAACGUUUAUACACAAAUUUCCCUUAUUAUGUAUAAUGGAAUAGGAUUAACCACUCCGCGUGGUUCUGGCACUAAUGGCCACGUACAGCGUAAUUGGGCUUUUGUACGACCUGGCAAAAAGGAGAAUUCAAAUUAUCGUUCCGAGGAAGAUAUAAAAAAAUUGGACGCUACUUUAAAUCGUCCACCCAACAAGGAUAUUUUAGAUCAUGACCGCAAAAGAAAAAUUGAGGUGAAAUGUUUGGAGUUUGAAGAAAUUUUAGAAAAACAAGGUUUAUCAUCGGAUGAAAUCAAGGCCAAAGUAGAUUCCUACAGGCAAAAAUUAAUGGGACAAGGAAAAACGGACUUGCCAAAAGAUGAAUUUGGUAGAAUAACUUUUCACUGAAAUAAUCAAUAUUCU